AUGUUUUAUCAAUACUUUCUAAUUAAGAAUAAUCCUUCUCUUUCCCGUCUAAGUGGACUCAAAACAACAGAACGAACAUGUGAUGUACUAUAAACCACUGCACAUACAAAUAAAUCUAGCAAAUAUAUUCAUGAAAAAUUCAACACCGAAUAAUCAACUAAUGAAGGCUAUUUAAUCAAAAGAUCAAAUGCUUUUUCUAAACAAAAUAAAUCCAAAAUCAAUAUGCUUAUAAACAACAUUAAAAAUACAUUCAAAACAGAAAUAGAAAAAGUUAAAGAGGAAUGUAGGAUUCGAUAAACUAAUCCAUAAAUAUAUAUGUAUUUUGUUUCAAUCUACUAUUUUUAGUUAAGAAAUGUUAUAACGUAAUAAAGAUGACAUCACAAUGUUAAUUGACAAAUUAAGAAGGAUUUUACUAAAUAAAUCUAAAAGAUCCUUUUGCAUUGAAAUUAUUUAAGAAAUCAAUAACCAAAUUUCUAAAAUUCGGAAUCUUGGUAUUUAACUUAAACUAUUACAUAGAUAUUAAAAUUAUGGUUAGUUUAGCACUAUCUAAAAUUGCUAAAUAUUAUAAUCUACUUCAUUAUGCUAUUUUGCUUGCUAAAAAUGCUAAACGAUUCUCUGACUCUGAAUCUAUGCUUAAGUAUAAAAUUAAAGCUUAUGAAAUCUUAUCUUAAUGUUUUCUUAAAUUAAGACUUAAAUAAGCAAAAACUUAUAUAACCAAAUAUUUAAUGUGUAGUUGGAAAUUGGAUAAACCUAAUGAAGAAUUAAAAGGGUAUGAUCAAAUGGGAAAAUAUUAUUUUUAUGAAGGAAACAUAGAAAUGGCUUAGUUUUUUCAUAAUAAAAUGAUAAAUGGAGAUACUUUAGUAAUCAUCCUAUAUAUGUUAGAAACCUAAUUCAUCUUUAAAGAGAUUAGCUGUUGCUAAAUUUGAAUAAGGUUCAGUAGGAAAAAGCAAAAAGGAGAAACAAUCUGUAAACACUGAAGAAGCAAAUUUUAAUAUAUCUUCUGAUGAUGAACCAUUUGAAGUUAUCUUUGCAUAAGACAAAGAUGAAAACUUAUAAAAAGCAAAACAUAAUUUUGAACUUAUGACAAAUAAUUAAAAGAAAAAACCUUCACUUUUACAUUAUUAAGUAAGAAAACAACCAUUGUUUGAUAAAACAAAUUUAAAAAGAGCAUAUUUAGAAUAAAAAAAUGCGAAUUCUUUUAUUAGGUACAAAUAAUAUAAUCAUAGAAUUCCAAAACCUCAAUAAACUUAAUCCCUACUAACUGAUAGAGGUACUUUGGAUCUUAGUAAAAUUAAGGGAUUAUCUCAUGCUCAUAUUCAACUUGGAGAACUCAAGAAUCCAGUUUUAUUAAAUCAUUUAAGCCCAAAUAGAUGUUUAGUAAAUUACUAACAUAUUGAAUUAAAUAAAGCCCCUUAAUCAUAUAAAAAUGCAGAAGAGAUUGAACCUUUAUUUGAUGUUGGUGAUAUCCAAAAAAUGUCUAAAAAUUUAAGCAAAUUAAUUGCAAUAUUGACAGGAGUUGAAGAAUGGCUUCAAGCAUCGGGCGAAUUAUACUGAUG